AUGUCUAAUGCACUCCAUUGUCCUAUUAUCUCGGUCAACGUGGGGGUUUGGCGCUUCUGGUCGUUUGUCUUCAAGCAUGAUCACAUGCGCUACAUCAGCAUCAUCCCGGUGAGUGUGAUGAACGUUUUUAUGUUUGCCGACAUGUAUCGGGCCUGGGGGAAAAUCGACGAGCUGAUUAUCAAUGCCUACUUUGCCGUGCUGUUCUUUAAUGCUGUGCUGAGAACGCUAAUAUUGGUUCAUAAUCGCCAAACUUACGAAGGGUUUCUAGAAAGAAUUGCUACAACCUACCAUGAAAUAUCGUUGAUUCGGGAUCCUGUCAUUGAAAAGCUUCUAACCAUUUACACUAAGCGAGGUCGAAUGCUGUCCAUUUCUAAUCUAGCCCUGGGGGCAAUUAUUAGCACCUGCUAUGUGGUUUAUCCGAUGUUUGCCAGCCAACGUGAGCUACCGUAUGGCAUGUUCAUCCCUGGUAUAAACAACUUUGUGUCACCCCUGUACGAAAUGCUAUACGUCAUCCAAGUAGUCCUGACUUUUCCCGGCUGCUGCAUGUAUAUUCCGUUCACAAGUUUUUUCGCCUCGGCUACUUUGUUCGGUAUGGUUCAAAUUCAGACGCUGCAACGCCAACUGAGAACGUUUGGAGAGGACAUCAAAGAGGGUGACACUAAAGCCAUCACCGAGCGAAUCACAAAGUUUAUCGAAGAUCAUAAGCGCAUCAUAACUUAUGUUUACGAACUCAACUCCCUGGUGACUUAUAUCUGUUUGAUUGAAUUUCUUUCCUUUGGUUUGAUGCUGUGCGCCUUGCUUUUCCUGUUAAACAUCAUCGAAAAUCAAGCACAGAUAGUAAUAGUGGCCGCAUACAUAUUCAUGAUAAUUUCGCAAAUAUUUGCCUUCUAUUGGCAUGCAAAUGAAGUUCGGGUUGAAAGUAUGGCCCUGGCCGAUGCCGCCUUCAGCAGUCCCUGGAUGGAGCUGGACGAAUCGAAUAAGAAGAAAUUUCUGCUACUGAUUGGCCGGGCUCAGCGGCCCUUGGAAAUCACAGUGGGAAAUGUUUAUCCAAUGACUUUGGAAAUGUUCCAAUCGCUGCUGAAUGCGUCCUAUUCGUAUUUCACCCUGCUGAGGCGAGUUUAUAAUUAAAAACAUGGAAGCCCUAAGAUAAGCCGAGCAAAUUGAAUCCACAAAAACUCGAGUCUUCUCGUGGAGGAGAAAAAGGACAACGAAACUUUGCUGUACUAUCACUUGAAGAAAGCUUGAAAAACAAUAAGCACAUUCUAUGCUGCAUUGCACUUUAAUUAUGCUCCGUAGUUUUAUCUGUUUUAGCAACAGUGGACAAGUUUAUUUAAUGCACCGAACUAUAGCACUUGUUAUUUAUAGGCUUCCACAUGUUAAAAAUAUUCCAAGAUUGUUCCUUGGAAAUUAAAUUUAAACCCUCUUAACUUCUUAAAAAAAAAAAAAAAAAGGUGAGUCGUGAAAGAAUUUUCGUUCUUCUAAGCAAAAGACCACCCGCCUGAGAACUCCUAUUUUAAUCCCAGCUUCACUCCUCCAGCAGGACCAAGAUAUACACAUAAUUCUGAUGAAAAUACGAACCAAACGUGCUGAUCCGUUGCUCUUUCGAAGAACCAAUUUAUUCCCACUCCAGGACGGAGACAAGUUGUAGGAUAUUUUCCGCACUUUCCAUGGAAAUCAACUGAAUAUGUUUGUAGGUUUUUAUGUUUGCCGUCAUGCGAAAAUAAAGUAGCAUCUUGAAAUGCAUUCCACGACGAACGAUGAUUAUGCUUACAGUUAUGCUUUGGUUAUUGAUAAUAUUAAGAUAUAAAUCGUCUAUAAAUCUCUAAAUUGAAAAAAAAAAAAAGUUGAAUUUCGUUUAAAUUUCUGGAUCAA